AUGUCUCAAUCUAAUACCUUACAAACAACAAGUUACUUACAAUUGAUUAAUAAAACUUUGAAACCAUCUAUGAAAAAUCAAUAUUCUAGUCUUUUUCAUGCUAUACGAGCUCUUUAUACAGAAGAAGGAUUAAGUGCAUUGUAUCGUGGUUUUUCCCCUGCUCUCCUCGGUAUUAUCCCAUAUGCUGGGACAGCUUUCUUUACGUUUGAAACACUGAAAGAAACUUGUUUAGACAGAAACAAAGAUCCGAUCACUGGUAAACGGCCUAAAAAACUGUAUCCAUUUGAAAAUUUAUGUUGUGGUGCAGUGGCUGGAAUUUUAGGACAAACUGCUUCUUAUCCACUAGAUAUUGUUAGACGAAGAAUGCAAACUGCUAAUAUUACAGGUCAUCCAGAAUACAUAGAAAGUGUAUAUAAAACAUUACGAUAUGUAUAUAAAGAUGAAGGUUUUAUUCAUGGAUUAUAUAAAGGUUUAUCAGUGAAUUGGAUUAAAGGGCCAGUAGCUUCAGGUAUUAGUUUCACUGUUUAUCAUCAAUUUCAACAUUUACUUCAUCAAUGGAUAAUAAUUGAUGAAUAAUUUUUCUUCUUUUCAUCAUUGAUAAUUAUUAUUUUCUUUCGUUACCAUCUAUUUAUUAAACAAGAACCAAACUAUUAUGGAUAUUACAUCAUAAAUGCUUAUGAUCUCUCUCUAAACACGA